CUCGUCCAAUUAAACCUAAACUCCGUAUAAUUAGCCACCAUAAUUCUCAAAAACCCUACCAUUUCGAUUCUCACUUAGAGAAGUAACAAACUAACCUCCCUCCCUCCCUCUUUCGUUAACCCUACCUGCCGCGCCGAUCACUCUCCGCAACCAUGGCUACCACCAAUGCAGGCACAGCGCAGCCGCGUACACUCUCUGAGAAAGAAGCCGCUAUCCAAAUGAUGUUGGCUGCCGAUGUGCAUCUCGGUACCAAGAACUGCGAUUUCCAAAUGGAACGCUACAUCUUCAAGCGCCGCGAUGACGGUAUUUAUAUUAUCAAUCUUGGUAAGACAUGGGAAAAGCUUCAACUUGCUGCUAGGGUUAUUGUUGCAAUUGAAAAUCCUAAGGAUAUCAUUGUUCAAUCUGCUAGACCUUAUGGACAAAGGGCUGUUCUCAAAUUUGCUCAGUAUACUAGUUGUCAUGCUAUUGCUGGAAGACACACUCCUGGUACUUUCACCAAUCAGCUUCAAACUUCAUUCAGUGAGCCUCGUCUUCUUAUCCUUACCGAUCCAAGAACCGAUCACCAGCCAAUUAAGGAAGCUGCUCUUGGAAAUAUUCCAACAAUUGCUUUCUGUGACACUGAUUCUCCUAUGAAUUAUGUUGACAUUGGUAUCCCUGCCAACAACAAAGGAAAGCACAGCAUUGGUUGUCUGUUUUGGCUUCUGGCUAGGAUGGUGUUGCAGAUGCGUGGCACUAUUCGUCCUGGCCAUAAGUGGGAUGUCAUGGUGGAUCUAUUCUUCUACAGAGAUCCUGAGGAGGCCAAGGAGGAAGAAGUGGAUGAAGUUCCUGUUCAAGAUUAUGCCAUUGCUGAUUUCAAUGCAGUUGCGGCACCCAAUGAUGGACAGUGGCCUGCUGCAAUUGAUCAGCCAUGGACUGAUGCCGUUCCACAACCUAUUGCAGCAGCUCCUGGAGUCAACUGGGCAGCCUCAGAAGCUGUUGCAGGGGAUUGGGGUGAAGCUGUUCCACCUCCUAACCAAAUACCUCCUCCUGGAGUUGAAUCUAUCCAAGCAACUGGCUGGGAAUAAACUAGUGGUUUUUGAUCGUAUGAUGUCCCAUCCGGCCAUUUAUUUUUUGCCUUUCCUUACCUUCCAAAGUAACAUCUGUUAAGAAUGAGCUUCAGUAAUUUUGUUUACGGCCAAGAAUAUUUGGUAAAGUUUUCCUAUUUAUUGUUUAGGCAGUUAUAAAUUAUAAUUUGUGAAUGUUUUGCUGUGAUUGCUGUCUACAUUUUGAUGAUAAUCUAUCCAUUUAUGAAUUUAGGUAUA